AGCUUCACUUCCCAGUUCUGAACCCAACCGUGAGCUCUGGAGAAACUUCUGGAUUACCAAAGACCCAGAGGACGCCAGAAGAAGAAGAAGGAGGGGAAGAAGGAGAGCCUCCUUCGCCAGCACAGUCUCUCUGCUUUGAAGAACCGGCCCGGGUUUGCUCCACGCUCCUUCUCCAGCACCAUCUCCAUCCAGCUCUUUCUCUCAGUCCAGCUGGGUCCUGUGCAUUGUUGCGUUGUUGAAGCAGGAUGGCUAAUGGAGGCCUCCAGAUGUUGGGCUUUGUCCUGGCUUUCAUCGGCUGGAUUGGCAUCGUGGUCAGCACGGCCAUGCCCCAGUGGAAGAUCUCCUCUUAUGCGGGGGACAAUAUUGUGACUGCCCAAGCCAUCUACGAAGGCCUCUGGAUGUCCUGCGUCAUGCAAAGCACGGGACAGAUGCAGUGCAAGGUGUACGACUCCCUUCUCAAGUUGCAAGGCAGCCUGCAAGCAACCCGGGCCUUGAUGGUGUCCAGCAUCCUUUUGGGUCUCAUUGGAUCGUUUGUCGCCAUGAUUGGCAUGAAAUGCAUGAAGUGCUUGGAAGACGAUGAGGUCAAGAAGUCAAGGAUGGCCAUCCUUGGAGGUGUCAUCUUCCUCCUUUCAGGCUUUGCCGCCUUAGUGGCUACCUCGUGGUAUGGCAACCUUGUGGCACAGGACUUUUUCAACCCCUACACCCCAGUCAACACCAGGUUCGAAUUCGGCCAGGCGCUCUUCAUCGGCUGGGCGGCCUCCUCCCUGAGCAUCUUGGGCGGCGCCUUCCUCUGCUGUGCGUGCCCCCGGCAAGAGACCUCCUACCCCCCGACUCGGCCGUACCCCAAGAGCGUCCCUUCCACCGGGAAGGAUUACGUAUAAUAGGACGGAGAAGGAUGACAUGAAACGCCGGCACCGGACGACCCCAAGGGACACUGCUUUCCUCCUGCCCUGCGCUGAGCAGCGCACGCUUCGCCCACUGCCCCAUAAGUGAACUGGGCCUCUUUGCAUCCCUGCCCCCAUUUCUGCUCUCAUUUCCUCCGAUAGGAAAAGCGAGGAAAGGAUUUGUCCUGAAAUCACACACGCAGGCGUAGGGAACACCACCUUCCCUCAGUGAGAGGGCCGACGAGGUAGCCAUUCCCUUUUCGGACCCUUCCGUCUCCCCUUCUUCCUUCUCUUUGAAACCUUACAAUAGAUUUCUCUUCAAGAGCCAGGAGAGCGGCAGGCAUCAAAGCAGACGGAGAGGCCAACCUCCCAGGAAAAAGUCUCCGUGAAGAACUUACAAGGAGUCCUCGGUGUCCGGGCUCCAACAAAUCCACCCUCAUUCAAAUCCUAAAUCUCUAGCCGCAUCUCUCGGAGUCAACAACAAUGAUUUAUUAGAAGUGGCCAUGUUGGUGUUAGCUGGGUGCAGCAGACACUAAAAUACACCAUUCACUUCCCCCUUGACACGUGAGGGAGAACCUAUGGCACGCGGAGCCAUUUGUGCCAGUCCACGAGCCACAGGCAAACUUACCGCACUGCCCGUGUGCGCGCCUCACGGCUGGUUUUCCGCUAGUUUGAGGCCUUGUCCGGCCUCCCAGUGUUUUGAAAAAAAGCC